UGGCGUUGUAAGGGGCGCUCAUAGUCAACAAGACACGAUUUGCUGACCCAUUUUAAGCACAAAUUCGGGACUUUGGUCGCCCUGCAAGGUGAAUGGGGCGGUGUAAGGGGUAGUUGUCUUCAAAGGCUCUGUAGUAAGGGUGAAUGUGGCGGUGUAAGGGGUGCUCAGUAGGAGUUCCAACCAGGCACGACUUGCUUACCCAUUAUAAGCAUAAACAUCCGCACUUUGGUCGGACUGUGAGAACAAGACGAGUAGAAGAAUGGGCUCCCCAGCCUUUCUGAAAGUCAUUUUGGGUGACGACAGCAGCCAGAGAUUGACCUUCCAAAAUGGACUCCCGGGAACUGUUGAUGAACUUGUUUGUGAUGUACAGAGACUAUGUGGCCUCACCUCCUCUUUCAGACUCCAGUUUAUGGACAGUCUCUUUGGAAACGACUUCAUGAAUCUCACCUCAAUGGAGGAAGUGCAGGAUAGAGGAACUAUCAGAGUGAUUCCCUUGGUAGCAGCACCCCAGUGUAGCUAUAGUCCUUCCACCUUAGUUUUGGCCAAUGUUACAGAAUCUCCCUCUUCAUCUAUUGGCACUGUCGACACGGACAUACUCUCAUCACCUGAAUCAGAUCAAUCCUGUUCAAGACCGGUUUGGCCCAGCAUCUUUUCUGUUCCUCAGUUUAUCUAUGAUGCGGAGUUGAAACUGGAGCGUGGCAAUGCAGCUCACAGAGAGGGGGUGACCCCUUUCCUACCUGAUUCAAAGCUUAGAUCGAACGUAUUGGAAGGGCUAAUACAGGAGGUGGUUAAAUACAGACUCUAUGUGUCAGACAAGCAAUGGAAUGAUGUUGGGCAGGCUCUCAUCGCCAAACAUCCCUGCCUUACAGAAAAAGGCUCCAUGUCCGGAUAUGCAGGAUGGAAGAUGAGUUUGAAAAACAAGCUGGCAAUAUACCGGACGCAUUUGAGGAAACUAGGCUGCCGUGAGGUGUUGAUCAACUCGGCCCAGAACAAACCAAGGGGAAGAGUGAAUGCUGCCUUAGGAAUAAAAAAACCAAAGAGAUCAGAAGUAAAUUACUGUCCCCCGUAUCCUAUCGGAGAGUGUGAGGAAAGCCUUGAGGACCUGAGAAAGGAACUUCUUUUGGAUGUCAAGAGACGAGACAACAGAGAGACCGUAAGAAUUAAAAUGGAGAAAACGUUUGCCUCUAGGAGGUAUGAGGUGGUACGUGAAACUCCAAUGAUUCAAGACUUCCAAGCAAGGUGGCCAGCGCUUUUUGAAGUAGACGAGAUAAACGCUGAAUUCAAGAGGAUAACUACAAUGCCCUUGCAGUCAAGAUUCCUGUCCCAGCUAGACAUACUGUCUGACAAGCUGCUGAAGCUGUUCAGAAACAGAGGAGGACAGAUUGGCAAACGCCUAGAGGACAUUUUGGCUUGCAUGACUGAGGAUGAUGAUGUUGAUGGAGGACGGGAAUGCAUCCUGAAGGCGUUGUGUGUGUACCUCAAUGAAGACCCCGAAUGUCUACUUCGCGAGUUUGUGGCACAAGACGAAAUCCAAGUACAAGAGGGAAUGGAGGAAACGACUGUAGGGAUCUACAUCAUCAAAGCAGAUGCCACCAGCCAAGCAGAUGACAUUGGCAUCAUUUUGGAAGGCCAGCAGGUGUUGCAGGAUGUGGAUAAUGUGCCAUUGGCUGUCGCAAUGUUGUUUGGAUUGAUUUACGCCCUAAAUCUGAACUACCCCGACGGCCUCAAGCACACUUUUGAAGUCCUGCAAAAAAUUGUCAUGGAGCUGGAAGGCACCAUGCUGUCCAGAAAGGUUCAGGUACUGAAAAACAAACUCUUUGAAUGAUUCGCAUGCACAC